AUGGAUAUGAGCAGUGGGAGCUCGAGUGCAAGUCCGGGUGGUGGUUGGUUGAGUGCUUCAGGUGUUGACUUCUCUAAUAAGACUCAGGCUGCGGCUUUCUUGCAUGAUCUCAAGCAUCAGAUGUUCCUGCCCAUCCAGGGCGCUGCUUAUGCCAGGUAUUUCUGGUAUGGGAUCAUCGUGGUGGUGGUUGUCACUGCCAUCUUCAACAGACUUUGGGAGCUGAUUCUACGUAAUAGAAUCCGCGCCAAUGCAGCAAAACAAAUACAUCCUGCAAAACCAAAGAUCCUGUUCAUGAAGGCUUUAUCUACAGUGACUGCAAUUAUCCGGGAGGCUUCAUACCUCCAGUUCACCCCGGCGAGACGUUCGAGCUGUGUUAUGUUCCCCUCAGUCGGCUCCAUAUACAUUAUUCUGGCCUAUUUUGGCUUCAUUGUGGGCCUGACAUUCACAAACAAUAAUAUUCCCGAGGCUGGUCAUUGGCAAUCGCUUGGAGUACGUGCUGGAUGGAUUGGUGCCGCCCAGGUUCCAUUGCUCGUGCUCCUUGCAGGGAAAUUCAAUAUCAUUGGUUUCAUCUGCAACAGCUCCUACGAGCGAUUGAAUAUAUACCAUCGCUGGGUUGCCCGGGGCCUCCUUCUUCUCUCAACCUUUCAUUUUGCAUUUCAGAAUCACGGAUGGGAUAUAUUUCAUAUUAGUGAUCUAGAAUGGACUACCGAUACCUGUCCAAUCUAUGGUAUUAGCGCCUAUGCCUUUAUCUUGUGGAUGAACCUUACUACGUUCGCGCCUAUACGGUAUUUCUCUUACAGGUUCUUUGUGAUCCAGCACAUGCUCACCUACUUUGGAUUUAUCAUCGCACUUUCAUUCCAUCUCGAUACGUCACCUGGGCCACAGUCACAGAACUAUGUCUAUGCCACCGUCGCUAUCUUUCUCAUCACCAACAUCGCCCGCAUCGUCCGUUACAUCUACUACAACAUCCGGCCAGGUCGAGCCAGCUUGGAGUCAUUAGAGGGAGACGCCACCAGGAUCCGAAUCUCAAGUCGACUGAUCAAAACAUGGACGCCGGGCCGACAUGUUCUAGUCGCCAUUCCCGGAAUAGAGCUCUAUUUUUCCAUUCCAGCAACAAUCAUUUCCACCCCAACUUCUCACAAUGGAGACAUUGUGUUGCUUAUGAAACCCCACAAGCGUUUCACCAAGAGAUUGUUCAGUGCAGCUGGAUCUUCACCUCCGUCUUCAGAGUUUAGCACCGACUACUCCAAUUCUCCGCCAGUAAAAUCCUACGUGACCCUCAUUGAUGGUCCCUAUGGGGGUUCCCACUCGGACUUUGCUUGCUUUGACACCUUGAUCCUCAUUGCCGGAUCAACAGGGGUGACGUUUGCUUUGUCGAAUCUCCUUGCUAUUGCACACCUCGCUGCAACCGAGAAGAUCCCUCUCCGGAUCGUACGUUUUAUUUGGGUUGUUAAAAAGCACAAUUGGAUCUCCUGGGUUUCAGAGGAGCUAAAAACAUCAUUUAAUCUCCUUCACGAUGCCGGGAUUGAAGUUUGUAUAGAAGUAUAUGCCACUUGCGACGAUUCCUUGGCUGACCCAGCAGACUCGAACGGAUGCCAAUGUGAUGAUAACUGUAAUUGUUGUAAACCAUCUCAAUCUGAAAACACACACUACCUUCCGUCAUCGGAAAAGAGUGCCAUACCAGAGAACAUCUCUACCUUGAACGGUGCUCCCAAGGCGCAUGUGACGUCGUGCCCCGACUUACGCAAGGGUCGGCCUGCUUUUGGUGAGAUUAUGAGAGAAGCCGUUGUGCAUGCAGGAGGUGAGGUUGCAGUCGCAGCCUGCGGGCCCCUUGGGCUUUUGGUAUCAGUGCGGUCUGCAGUGGUAAUAACCAGUGACGAUUUAGCUGUUCAUAAGGGUACUGGAUAUCAAGGUAUCUACCUGCAUGUCGAGAGUUUCAAGUGA